AGGCAAGCCUUCGCGCGCAGACGUCGACGACGACGAGCUACACGACCCCUCACGUCGACCCGCACCGGUCAAUUCCCGCUCGCGUGCGACAGCCUCUCCAGCAGCUGUAAACCUGCUGGCCUCCGCGCCCUUUUACCCGCACUCGUUCCUGACACACCCUCGCCAUGCAUUUGUACAAUUUGACUCUCCAACCUCCUACGGCCAUAACUCAUGCUGUCGCGGGCAACUUCUCGGGUUCGAGAUAUCAAGAGAUCGUCGUCUCUCGUGGCACGCGCCUGGAGCUCUUGCGGCCGGACGUACAAAGCGGAAAGGUCUCAACCGUGAUAGCGAGCGAUGUAUUCGGGUCCAUCCGCUCGCUCGCCGCUUUUCGUUUGACAGGCGGCACGAAGGACUACAUCAUCCUAGGCUCCGACUCUGGCCGCAUCUUGAUUCUGGACUAUGACCCGAAGACAAGCAGCUUCGCUAAGGUCCACCAGGAAACCUUCGGCAAGUCGGGAGCACGGAGAAUCGUUCCUGGCCAGUAUUUGGCUACCGAUCCCAAAGGACGAAGUGUAAUGAUCUCUGCGGUUGAAAAGGCAAAACUUGUGUACAUCCUGAACCGCGACGCCGCUGCAAAUCUGACCAUCUCCUCGCCGCUUGAGGCUCACAAGAACAAUUCCAUCAUCCACCAUAUCAUUGGGUUGGAUGUUGGCUUCGAUAAUCCUAUGUUCGCCGCAUUGGAAGUUGACUACUCCGAUUCCGACCAAGACCCAACGGGGGAGGCCUUCAACAACGCAGAGAAGUUAUUGACCUACUACGAGCUCGACCUCGGUCUUAAUCACGUUGUGCGGAAAUGGAGCGAGCCAACGGACCCGAGAGCGAACCUGCUCGUUCAGGUUCCUGGCGGCCAAUUGGCCUCGUCAGACCGCUAUGAUGGGCCCUCUGGUGUGUUGGUGUGCUGCGAAGACCAUAUUAUUUACCGACAUAUGGAUGCGCCCCAGCAUCGUGUGCCCAUACCGCGACGACAACAUCCUCUUUCAGAUCCUAACCGGGGAUUGAUAAUCACCGCCGCCGUCAUGCACAAAAUGAAGGGCGCAUUCUUUUUCCUGUUGCAGAGUGAAGAGGGCGACCUCUACAAAGUCACAAUCGACCAUGAAGAUCAGGACGUCAAGGCCUUGAAGAUCAAGUACUUCGACACUCUCCCAGUGGCUUCGAGUUUGUGCAUCUUGAAGUCCGGUUUCCUGUUCGUCGCGUCCGAGUUCGGCAACCACUACCUUUAUCAGUUCCAAAAGUUGGGUGACGAUGACAACGAGCCCGAGUUUUCUUCUGCCUCCUACCCCUCCUUCGGCAUGGCGAACCCCUCGUCCGCUCUUCCCUCCGCGUACUUCCGACCUCGGACUCUAGACAACCUUACCAUGGUUGAUGAGAUGGAGUCCCUCUGCCCUAUCCUUGACUCGAAGGUCAUGAAUCUGUUGCCGAACUCGGAUACGCCCCAAAUAUUUGCUGCGUGUGGUCGGGGAGCGCGGAGCACGUUCCGUGUGCUGAGGCAUGGUCUCGAGGUGGAGGAAGUGGUCAGCUCGGACUUGCCGGGUAUCCCGAAUGCGGUAUGGACGACCAAGAUAAAAGAGGACGACCCUUUUGACUCCUACAUCAUCCUCUCAUUCGUCAAUGGUACUCUCGUGCUUUGCAUCGGAGAGACCAUUGAAGAAGUACAAGACACCGGCUUCCUCUCCUCAGCGCCUACACUUGCUGUGCAGCAGAUCGGAUACGACGCCCUCUUGCAAGUCCACCCUCAUGGUAUCCGACAUGUCCUCAGCGACAAGCGCGUGAACGAGUGGCGUGUGCCGUCUGGCAAGACCAUCGUUGCUGCGACCACGAACAAGCGCCAAGUUGUUGUGGCGCUUAGCUCGGCGGAGCUGGUGUACUUCGAAUUGGAUCUGGACGGGCAGUUGAACGAGUACCAGGACCGGAAGGCGAUGGGUAGCACUGUGCUUGCGCUCAGUAUUGCGGAAGUGCCGGAAGGGCGGCAACGAACGCCAUACUUGGCUGUUGGUUGUGAGGACCAGACCGUGCGCAUCAUCUCGCUAGACCCGGAGAGCACGCUGGAGACGAUUAGUCUUCAAGCCUUGACUGCACCUCCCUCCGCCAUCUGCAUCGCCGACAUGCUCGACGCUGGUAUCAACAAAAUGCAGCCCACGACCUUCGUCAACAUUGGCCUGCAGAACGGCGUGCUGCUGCGGACCGUGCUCGACCCGGUCAACGGACAGCUCACGGACACGCGCACACGGUUCCUCGGCACGCGCCCGAUCCGCCUCAUUCGCGUACUCAUCCAGCGCAACCCCGGCAUCCUCGCACUGUCAUCGCGAUCGUGGCUGAACUACACCUACCAGAAUCUCAUGCACUUCACCCCGUUGAUCUUCGAGAACCUCGACUAUGCGUGGAGCUUCUCGGCGGAGCUGUGCCCGGAGGGUCUUAUUGGCAUUUCGGGGAGCGUGCUUCGGAUCUUCCAGGUCCCCAAGCUUGGCACAAAGUUGAAGCAAGAUGCCAUCCCGCUCUCGUACACUCCGCGCAAGUUCAUUCCGCAUCCGACAAAUGGACUUUUCUACCUCAUCGAGGGUGACCACAGAGUGAGGGGCGAUGCCGCUGCGGCCAAGGUCAUGCAGGAGAUGCGAGAGAAAGGGAUCCCGGUUGAUGAGGAAAUGGCCGACUUGCCGCCAGAGUUGUUCGGUCGCCCGAAGGCACCUGCGGGGACAUGGGCAUCGUGUAUUCGCAUCAUCAACCCCGUCGACGCCAAGACCGUCAACGUGAUUCCGCUCGACGAGAACGAAUGCGCGUUCUCAAUCGCCGUCGUGCCCUUCUCCGCAAAAGGAAGCGAACUCCAUCUCGUGGUUGGGACUGCACAGGAUACUUUUAUCGCACCGCGAUCGUGCACGACUGGGUGGAUCAGAACAUAUCGGUUCACCGAGGAUGGCACAAAUCUGGAGCUGCUGCAUAAGACUGAUACCAAUGACGUCCCUCUUGCUGUAAUGGCUUUCCAAGGCCGACUCGUCGCUGGCGUCGGCAAGGCGCUUCGAUUGUACGACAUGGGCAAGAAAAAGCUCCUCCGGAAGGUGGAGAACAAAAGCUUCGCUUCCGCGAUUGUGUCAUUGAGCACGCAGGGCUCGCGCAUUCUCGUCGGAGACAUGCAAGAAUCUGUAUUCUUUGCCGUGUACAAGCCACCAGAGAACCGGUUGCUCGUGUUCGCCGACGACACGCAGCCUCGGUGGGUCACGUCGAUGGCCAUGGUGGAUUACAACACGGUCGUCGCCGGCGAUCGCUUCGGGAACGUCUUUGUGAACCGGCUAGACGCCAAGAUCUCCGACCAGGUCGACGACGACCCCACGGGGGCGGGGAUCCUGCACGAGAAGGGCAUCCUCGCGGGGGCGCCGCACAAGACGAAGAUGCUCGCGCACUUCCACGUGGGGGACAUCGUGACGGCGAUCAACAAGGUGUCGCUCGUCGCGGGCGGGCGGGAGGUGCUGCUGUACACGGGGCUGCACGGGACGAUCGGGAUCCUGGUGCCGUUCGUGUCGAAGGAGGACGUGGACUUCAUCUCGACGCUCGAGCAGCACAUGCGCACGGAGCAGCUGAGCCUCGUCGGGCGGGACCACCUGUCGUGGCGCGGGUACUACGUGCCCGUGAAGGCGGUCGUGGACGGGGACCUGUGCGAGACGUUUGCAAGGCUGCCGGCGAGCAAGCAGAGCGCGAUUGCGGGCGAGCUGGACAGGACGGUGGGCGAGGUGCUGAAGAAGCUGGAGCAGCUCCGCGUGACGGCGAGUGGGUUCUGAGUGUGAGGCGAGGUGUGGGUAUGUCCGGUGUGUGCUGCUGUUGUGUAUAAAGUGUAUUAUACUUUCUUGUGCGUUUGAAUGUUUCUCUGCUGUGUUUUGGUGCGCGGGUCGCAAGCUCUGGCCUAUGAUCAGGUCUCGCAUCGUGUAUGUCGUG